UCCCUACGCCCCGCCCCGGCCGGCCGCGGCCUCGCUUUCUCUGCUACCCCCGCGCCGGGUAUCCCAGGUCUCUAGUGUCGCCUGCUAGCGGGGUCAGACCAUGGGGCCCGCCGCUCGUCCCUCGCUGAGGUCGCCGCCGCCCCCGCCUCCUCCGCCAGUUCCGUCGCCGCUGCUGCUGCUGCUGCCCCUGCUGCCGCUGUGGCUGGGCCUGGCGGGGCCCGGGGCCGCGGCGGACGGCAGCGAGCCGGCGACUCGAGUGGGGCGGGGCGGAGCCCGCGCGGUGCGGGUGGAAGUGAGGCUGCCUCGGCAGGACGCUCUGGUCUUGGAGGGGGUCAGGAUCGGCUCCGAAGCCGAGCCAGCGCCCCAGCUGGGGGGCCGCCUGCUGCUGCCGAUCCUGGCUCCCUCUUCUACCUGUCUCUCCCUCCCUCUGCUCAUGGCCCUUGCUAUACAGAUGGACGUCGUGGAUGCUGAGCAAGAGGUGCCAGUAGAAGGCUGGAUCGCAGUGGCAUAUGUGGGCAAGGAGCAAGCAGCUCAAUUUCACCAGGAGAAUCAGGGCAGUGGCCCACAGGCCUGUCCCAAGGCUCUGGUCCAGCAGAUGCAGCGGGCCCUCUUCCUGGGAGCCUCUGCCUUGCUGCUCCUCAUCCUGAACCACAAUGUGGUCCGAGAGCUGGACAUAUCCCAACUUCUGCUCAGACCGGUGAUUGUCCUCCAUUAUUCUUCCAAUGUUACCAAGCUGUUGGAGGCACUGCUGCAGAGGACCCAAGCCACAGCUGAGAUCACUAGUGGAGAGUCCCUGUCAGCCAACAUUGAGUGGAAGCUGACCCUGUGGACCACCUGCAGCCUCUCCAAGGAUAGUUAUGGAGGAUGGCAGGACUUGGUAUGCCUGGGAGGCAGUCGUGCCCAGGAGCAGAAGCCUCUGCAGCAGCUGUGGAAUGCCAUUCUGCUAGUGGCCAUGCUCCUGUGCACAGGCCUUGUGGUCCAGGCCCAGCGACAGGCAUCUCGGCAGAGCCAACAGGAGCCCAGCGGCCAGGUGGACCUGUUCAAGCGGCGUGUAGUGCGGAGACUGGCAUCCCUUAAGACCCGGCGCUGCCGUCUGAGCAGGGUAGCUCAGGGCCGCCCAGAACUGGUCACUGAGACCUGUGCUGUGUGCCUGGACUACUUCUGCAACAAACAGGGAACCACUACUCAGAUGACUAGCUGGGGAUUCUGGAUGUGGGGAUGGAACUUUCCCACCUGUACCCUGGCCCUCAGCCUGGACUCCUGGGACAGGACAAUGGGAUGGACAGGACAUUUCCUGUGGGUGAAGGAAGGAUAUGGGCCUCUCCAUGACCUUGCUGGGAAGGAGAGACCUGCAGCCCCAGGCCAAGGAUGCAGGUCAGGACCCACCAGGCAAGGGAGAGGUCACUCUGGGGUCCUUCUCUGUAAUCUUGGGAUGUCUGUGUCUUCCCUUGUCACAGGCAGCUCCGAGGGCCCUGGGAAAAGAGAAUGUGGGGCCCAGUGCUGCUGCCCCCAGUCCUCUAGGAGCUCUCAAUAUCCCUGAGAAUAUAGUAGCUGGGUUUUAUGCUUAUUUAUUGGGGGGUGGAUUAAUGGAAAAGUUCUUUGACCUUGGGGCACCCUGGCCUGACCUUUCAGAAUGUCUUGGUCAAGGCUGUGAUGUUAAACCCAGAGAUGACUCUACUGCCUGCUGCCUUCGGUCCUUGGGUACUGGGAGCCAUGGGUCCUGCUGCUUGUUCAGCUGGGCUCCCUUCCUGGGCCUGGCUGGGACCAGAGGCCUUAGAAACCAUCCAGUCCUGUUCUUGGUUGGGCUGUAUGUUGCUGACCAGGAUACUUGAAGCCACAGGAUAAAUGUGGUAUAUUUUCCAAGGGUAUCCAUUUUUUAAGAGUUGGGGUUGGGAAGUUUUAAUAGUAAAAUAAAUGUGGAUAUAUUUUAAAUAUGAUGUAAAA